AUGGCUGCAACAGUAGCGUCGAGACAGGCCAUUGUGCCCACGCUGGUGGACAACAACGAGAAGGCGGCAGCUGCCCUGGUCCAGGCCCUCGAGACGGAACCCACUCCGUCGCCGCCGCCGUCGCCGUCGCCGGCAUCAGCAGAGACAGACUCGUCUCGCUUCAUCACCUUCUCUCCUUACCCGGACCACCUGCUGGAUUUGGAGACGCUGGACCCCCAGACCGCGCUGCUCGCGCGUGCCCUGUCCGUCUUUGACAAGACCCGUGACGACUACGCCACGGCGCCCUAUGUCCAGUCCUUUAACUUUUCCGUCGUCAUCGACGAGCUCCGCCGGCUGCGGGUCAGCACCACCUCGGCGGCGACGCCGUGGGAAAAGCGCGACUACUUUGUUGUCGCCUUCCGCUCGCAGAUUCCGCCCACCACCAACUACGGCGACCUCAGCAGCCUCGACAAGGCCGCCCACCGGGAGGCGACCGACAGCGGCGGCCUGCUGCGGUACUGGUUCCACCUGCCGGACGCCGAUGGCCGCAACCUGGCCACCUGCCUUUGGCGGUCGCCGGCAGACGCGCACAAGGCAGGCCACGGGGCGCAGCAUCGCAAGGCGAGUUCGUCCGUGCGGUCGCUGUACCGGGAGUGGCGCAUCGAGCGGUACCGGCUGGUGAUUGACGACGACGUCAAGUCUUGGGAGGUGAUUGAGUGGAGGGACUAG